UCGCGUGACGUCAUUUAUGGACGGCCCCUAAUAUAGGUGUGUUGGAUAGUAAAGCCACUACAACGUUGACAAUUCGAGUCCGACGUUUCGCCAGCAGUAAUGACAACCGACAUCAGGCGUCCACCAAGAGUAAUCGAGUUAAAUUUUGAUUUAAAGCUUUCGUGACUGCAGUGAUUCAUAUUCUUGGUUCUUUCGGUAAAGUCACGUUGAAGGGAAACAAUAAAAUAAUCGAGUUGUUUGAGGAAUCGACAGCCGCUCGAUAUCACCAUUUUAUUUUUGUCAGGAGAAUCGAAUCGCUUCGAGCGAGAGAGACGCGUUUAGCGGCGAGCAGCCGCCGACCGAUUCGUGGUAAAAUUUUGUCGGAGCCAACGAUUCCACCGUAGCUAUCGAUUCCCCCGCGUGUUGAAGCGCUUUAAAGAAUCGAUUGGAGAGGCGACGCCGAGUCGUCAGCGCGAUCCGGGGAAUCGAUCGGGGCAGUGUAGUGGUGGUGGUGGUUGUUGUGAUGGCCUCGAGGCCUCAGAGUGAUGGUAGCGUGGUGAGGGUGAGGGGCGAGGUGAGGAGCGGGGUGAGGGCCGAGGUGAGGGCCGAGGCGGCGGCGGCGGUGGCGGCGACCGCGGGAGGUGGAGGCGGUGGCGGCGGUGACGAGAAGGCUGCCGACAAGGCCGAAGCGCUGACGAACGGCAAGGCGAGGGAGGGCGCCGGAGACGCGGGGCCGCGUGGAGCGGACUCCGAGGACAGCGUGAGCACGUUCCCGGACGCGGAGAGCACCGUGUCGUCGGGCCGCUCCACCCCGGCGUUCACGGCGUUCACGGCGUUCACGGCGGGCGGAGGCGGCGGAGGCGGCGGAGGCGGCGGAGGCGGCGGAGGCCCCCCACCGCACGCGCCCCCCACAGUGCACCCGCUGGCGGCCGCGUGCGUGUGCCGCUGGGACAAGUGCCAGGCGGCGUUCGGCUGCAGCCCCGACCUGGCGGAGCACAUCCGCACGGCGCACGUGGACCGGCAGGCCAGCCGGGAGGUGUUCGUGUGCCUGUGGAAGGGCUGCAAGGUGUUCAACACGCCGUCCUCCAGCCACAGCUGGCUCCAGAGGCACGUGCUGUCGCACAGCGGAGACAAGCCCUUCAAGUGCGUGAUCGAUGGCUGCACGGCGACGUUCGCGUCCCAGAUGGGGCUGGCGCGCCACGUGCCCACUCACUUCAGCAGCUCGCCCUCGGCGGCGCCCGCCCAGCCGCCCCGCCUCAAGGAGGAGUCCCCCAGCAAGGCGCUGGCCGGCAAGCGCAAGCAGCGUCUGCGCUGCAAGCGGCGCUUCUCUCUGCCGAAGCCGGACGACUUCUUCGACGCACAGAUGAUGGACGCCAUCCGGCACCGGCUCAUGAGCUUCAACCUCAACACCCAGGUGGACAGCCAGGGCGGGGGCCACAGCGUGGUGUUCCACAGCGCGGUGGUGGCGCGCAGGAAGGACGAGACGGGCAAGGUGAAGGUGCUGCUGCACUGGACCCCUGAGGACAUACUCCCCGACGUGUGGGUGAGCGAGAACGACUCGCUGGAGUUCCGCACCAAGCUCGUCCACCUCUCCAAGCUGCCCAAGGACUCGACGAGCUUCCUGGACCCCAACAUCUACCGAGCGAUGCCACAGAAGCGCUACAAGAGGAAGUAGCGGUAGCCUCGCAGGCUGGACCCAGCGCUCACCGCUCGCUCACCGCUCGCUCACUCGGAACAACUCGCCACUCGCUCAGAUCGCUCACCACUCGCUGACUCGGACCGCUCACCCACUGGCUGACUCGGACCGCUCGCCACUCGCUCACCACUCGCACACUCGGACCGCUCACCACUCGCUCACCACUCGCACACUCGGACCGCUCACCACUCGCUGACUCGGACCGCUCACCACUCGCUCACCACUCGUACACUCGGACCGCUCACCACUCGCUGACUCGGACCGCUCACCACUCGCUCACCACUCGCACACUCAGACCGCUCACCACUUGCUAACUCAGACCGCUCACCACUUGCUCAGUCGGACGGCUCACCACUCGCUUGGAUCGCUCACCAAUCACUCACUCAGACCGCUCACCACUCGCCCACUCGGACUGCUCACCACUCGCUCACUCCGACCGCUCACCACUCGCCCACUCGGACCGCUCACCACUCGCUCACUCCCACCGCUCACCACUCGCUCACUCCGACCGCUCACCACUCGCCCACUCGGACCCCUCUCCAAUCGCUCACUCAGACUGCUCACCACUCGAACCGCCCACCAAUUGAACUGCUCACCACUCGCUCACUCGGACCUCGCUUGCCCCUCGCGAUGACGGCAAGGACGGCUGAGUCCACCCUAGUGCACCCGAGUCGACCCGAGUCCGCCCGAGACCACCGGAGUCGACCCGAGUCCACCCUAGUGCACCCGAGUCGACCCGAGUCCGCCCUAGUGCACCCGAGUCGACCCGAGUCCGCCCUAGUGCACCCUAGUCGACCCGAGUCCGCCCGAGACCACCGGAGUCGACCCGAGUCCACCCUCGUGCACCCGAGACCACCGGAGUCCGCCCGAGACGACAACAAGGAUGUUGUGCCGCCGAGCGCGUCCGUGGAGAGGGUCGUGCGCACGCUGGCCGCUCCGGAGGAGGCCUCGGCGAUGGUCCACCACCGGCCCGCCCGGCGUGCCCAGGCGUGCCCAGGCGUGUGGCGGCAGUGGAGACGGUCCGCGCCGCGCACCCGCGGAUUCACCUCUACCGGUGCCGGCCGCCGUCACGGUCGCCGUCACGGCCGUCAUCAUGGCCGUCGUCAUGGUGGAGUCUCACGCUUUCGCGCACGCACGCAUUCACGCACGCACGUCCUUCGUACGAACGCACGUGUACGUAUGCACGUUGCACUUCUUUCGCACCGCCGUACAUAGCCAACCGUGGUCAUCGGAGGAUGGGUGAGUGUGAUGGUGAGUGACUAUGUGUGUGUGUGUUUGUGUGCGCGUGACUAGGUGAGCCUGUGUAUGUACGUUUAACUUCGUUGGUACCGUACGUAGCCAACUAAACGCACAUCCCUCACACACACACACGUGUUUGACACACACGUGGUCUAUUAAUACAGCCCCACCUCCUCCCCCCUCCCACUAACUUGGGCAGGGAGAGUCUCGCGUGUGGUAGCUGACGGGCGUUAUCAGGCCGAGAGAGUUGUGCGUGUGUUGAACUUACUUUGCACCCGUGCGCGUAGCCAGCUGUACUAAUCGGAUGUCCGGGGGCGGGCGGGAGACAAACUAAACACAAGACAACAAAAAAAUAUCUUCAAAUUUUUCAAUCUAGAUUUUAACAAAAAAGUGAGAGUCGCUGCAUCUGCCGCCCCCCCCCCCCCCCACCACCACGUGGCUCCGGGCCUGCCUGCUCUUUGUGUUGCUCAGAGUCGCAGUCUCGAGCGGUCACUUCCUGACAACGACAACAAAACAACAACAACAACGAAUGUCGUGUCCACGGCAAAAGCAUUGGCGAGUCUCAACAACCCUUUGUCAGGAGAAGGUCGAAACCCCCCCCCCCCCACGUCGAAGUAGCAGCAGGCUUUCACGACUAACAUCAUCCAUAAUGAGGUGUUUUGUUGGGUUGGAUCGCGUCAAUGUGAAUGUCGUGUCGCGAAAUCCGCCGCCAACGUAAACAGAACGUGGCCAAUUGGUUACCAGUGCAGCGACCCACCCUUGUGUUGGAGAGCAAAGCCACAACGGUUACAAUCUGAAGUCCGACGUUUCGCGGGUAAUUACACCCGGCAUCAUCAGGCGACAGCAAGAUUUGUAACUGCGUGUCGGGGAGAGGUGAACCCCGCGGCAACGUUUGCAAUUCGAGUAACGCGACUCCUCGCCAGCAAUGAUGCUGGCUGUCGUAAUCAAGGGGGUGAAACGUCGCGCUGCUCCAAUUGUCAAUUUCGCCGUGGGGCUUUACUCUCCAGCAGACGACGAUGUGGUGUUGUGGUGCUGCACCAGUGACGAACUGGGACCUUCGAUUGGUUGCGCAUCGGACGCUGCGGCGGGUUCAACGGCGCGACGCUUAUACUCGACGCAAAAAAACCUCCGAUUGGAUACGUUGCAGACUUUUGGCCAUGUCGAGUUCACGUUGUGGGAGUGGUUUUUUUUUUUGCGCGGCUCCGUGAGACUACGCCCCGCCUCCCCCCCCCGCUCCCUCCCCCUCCCUCCCCGAGAGACGCGCCGCAUCGGCUCGCUCGCUCUUGCCGCCGUCUUGCCGUCGCGCGUCCUCGUGUCUAACUCGCAGCCUGCUCGGGCUCCGGGUUCGGGAGAUUCUGCAAAGUCUUUGUACGUGCUCGUUCAGCGACCGCCCCCACCACCACCACCACCACCAAACCUGGCCUCCAGAGCUGCCGGGUCACAACAGGCGCACGUCGCUGCUGCUGCUGCUGCUCCCUCCUCCUCGUCAUCGGGUUUACGACGGGGUGAACUUGUCGACUCAAAUGUGAAGGCUUCCGUUGGCGUGUUCGAUGUCACGUCAAUUGCCGCUUUAAUUGACGGGGUAAUUGGCACGUCAAUUGCCACGUUACUUGACAAGUUCAUUGCCACGUUAAUUGUCAUGUUAUUUGGCACGUCAAUUGACAGGUUAAUUGCCACGUCAAUUGACAGGUUAAUUGCCACGUCAAUUGCCAUGUUAAUUGAUACUAAUUGCCACGUUCAUUGCCAACGGUCAUUGAAAAGUUCAUUGACAAGUUGAACUAUUCCUCAUCCUGCCCCUUCCCACACGAAUCCCAGGAUGGUGCCGCUCCAACGAUGCGAGUCUCGGAGGGUCUCGAGACUCGCAUCCAGGAGGGUCUAGAGACUCUCGUCCAGGAGGGUCUAGAGACUCUCUUCCAGGAGGGUCUAGAGACUCUCGUCCAAGAGGGUCUAGAGACUCUC